AUGCCUAACGCAACGACCCAACCAAUCCAACCCAACGCCAACCCAAGCGCCAACCCCAACGCAACCCAACGCCAACCCCAAUCCAGCGACCCAACCACCAACGCCGCAACGCCAACCCAACGCCCAACGCCCAACCAACCCAGCAACAACGCCAACCCAAUGCAAUGCCAACCCAACGCGCAACCCAACGCCAACGCCAACGCCAACCCAACGCCCAACGCCAACCCAACGCAACGCCAAUCAACCCAACGCAACGCCAACCCAACCAACGCCAACCCAACGCCCACGCAACGCCAACCCAACCCAAGCCAACCCAGCAACGCCAAGCCAACCCAACAAUCCAACGCCAACCCAACCCAACGUCAGUCAAUCCCAGCCCAACGCCAGCCCAGCGCCAGCCCAGCCCAGCGCCAGCCCAACCCAAGCCCAACGCCAACGCCAAGCCCAGCCCAGCGCCAGCCCAAGCGCCAAUCAGCCCAGCGCCAGCCCAGUCAGCGCGCCAAGUCAGCGCCAGCCCAACGCAGCGCCAGCCCCAGCCAACGCCAAGCGCCAUAG